GAUAAUUCCCGAGCCAACAUUAAAGGCCCAUUUCCGGCCGGUUGGGCCGUUCCCGUAAAAUCUCCACCUCUCUCCUCUAUCCUCGCCCGGGUCUCUCCGCGUCUCUCUGCUUCUCUCUGCGCGGAGUCAAAUGGCCGCAAUCCUCAGAACCCCGGCGCUUCCUCUUUCCUCUUCGCUCUUUGGCGUCUCCUCUGCUGAGAGCCCAAGAGCUCUUGUUAGCUUCUCCUCCCCUGGGCGAAGGCCAGCGAGGCCUCUUCAGCUCAAGCUCUCUCGCUCGCCUUCGAAACCGUCUCCUCGGUUUCCAGCGUUCACGACCUCUGCUGCUGCUUCUGGAGACACCGCGGAGACGAAGGAGAUUGAUGAAGUGGCAGUAGAGGAAGAUUCAAGUGAUGAAACUGUUGGUGAGAAUGUUGUAAAUGGAGAAGAAAUUGCCACCACAGAAGAAUUGACAGCAUCAAUUGUAAUGGCAUCACUCCAAUCUUAUAAAGAAGCUUUAGCAAAUGAUGACCAAUCUGCAGUUGCUGAGAUUGAGGCCUUCCUUCAGUCCAUUGAAAAUGAGAAAAACUCUCUUGCAAACAAAGUGGCUGCUCUCUCUGCUGAGCUAUUGACUGAAAGAGAUCGUGUCCUUAGAAUCAGUGCAGAUUUUGAUAACUUCCGGAAGAGGACAGAGAGAGAACGCCUCUCUUUGAUGACAAAGGUUCAGGGAGAAGUUGUAGAAAGCUUGUUGCCUGUUCUUGAUAAUUUUGAGAGAGCUAAAGAUCAGAUCAAAGUGGAGACCGAGGGAGAAGAGAAGAUAAAUAACAGCUAUCAGAGCAUUUAUAAGCAGUUUCAGGAGAUUCUCACCUCACUUGGGGUUGAAGCUGUCGAAACUGUUGGAACUGCAUUCGAUCCUCUUCUUCAUGAAGCAAUAAUGCGAGAAGAGUCAUCAGAGUAUGAGGAGGGAAUUGUACUUCAGGAAUUCCGCAAGGGGUUCAAGCUUGGGGAGAGGCUGCUCAGGCCGUCAAUGGUAAAAGUAUCUGCUGGGCCUGGGCCUUCAAAGUCCGAUAAGGAUCCAAUAGCUUCAAGGUCUGACGAGGAUCCAAUACCUCCUUCAGAGGACAUAGCGCCCCCUGAAGUAAAAGAAGAUAGCAGAGAUUCAGAUGAUGGUGUUGAUGAUGGUUCAGAUGAUUAGCUUAAGUUUUGCUUCAGCUUUUCAGUUGACAAAUUUUUGUGAGAGUAACUACUGGGGUUGAAAACCUUGAAGAGAUACAGGGCUGUGAUUUUUCAAGUAUACUGUAGUAUUGUUUUUUCACCAGUACACUUGUAAGAAGAAAAAUCUCGAAUUCAAUGUCCAUCUUUUAUAAGAUUGGGAGUUAUUGUCCGCACGAUUCAUCAAAGUUAAAUUAUCUGUUCUGCUGAUCGCUGUUU